GAAAAUGGCUGUAUUUAAAAAAAAAUAAUAAUAAUUUUCAGUUUCUACUCAAUUAUAAAGUGUCAGAAUAAUCAGAUUUAAACAUGUGUGUGAAGCUUCAGGUCAGAGAUGGAAGCUAACAGGAGAUAAAGCUGCAGGACAACAACACUUCGCACUUUUUGGUCCCUCUUCGUCUCAAGCAGGAAUAUCUGCCGCGAUGGCAUCGGAGGAUGAAAUCAAUCUGCUGGUCAUCGUCGUGGAUGUAAAUCCGAUUUGGUGGGGCCAGCAAGCUCAGCGAGAGCCAGAGUUCACCCUUUCAAAGUGUCUGGAUGCAGUUAUGGUGAUGGGGAACGCCCACAUGGCCAUGACCAGGACAAACAAGCUGGCUGUCAUCGCCAGCCACUGUCAAGACAGUCACUUCCUGUAUCCCAGUAAGAGCUGGCGAGGCGGGGACAGCGGUGCUGAGGAUGCAUCCUCCAGCGGGGAUGGAAAAUAUGAACUCCUGUCAAUCGCUAAUAACCUUAUUGCUGAAGAGAUCAGGAAUGUUAUGUCAAAAACUGAAGUGAGGGGAAAUUCAACUGAUACUUUGUUGGCUGGAUCCCUUGCCAAAGCUCUCUGCUAUAUUAACAGAGUCUCUAAAGACAAUGAAGUUGGACGGGAUACAAAAUCAAGACUAUUGGUGAUAAAAGCAGCCGAGGACUGCGCCCUCCAGUACAUGAACUUCAUGAAUGUCAUUUUUGCUGCCCAGAAGCAGAACAUCCUGAUAGAUGCCUGUGUGUUGGACUCAGACUCAGGUCUCCUUCAGCAGGCUUGCGAUAUAACUGGAGGAUUGUACCUCAAGAUACCACAGAAACUUGCUCUGGCACAGUACCUUUUGUGGGUGUUCCUGCCUGACUCUGAGCAGCGUUCACAGUUGGUGCUGCCACCGCCUGCACACGUGGACUACAGAGCGGCGUGUUUCUGCCACCGUAACCUCAUCGAGGUCGGUUAUGUGUGCUCGGUUUGUCUGUCAAUAUUCUGCAACUUCAGUCCCAUCUGUACAACUUGCGAGACUGCCUUCAAAAUCCAACUACCACAGAUGGUCAAGCCCAAAAAGAAGAAACUCAAGCAAUCUACGUGAUUUUUGCUGGGGAUACACAAAUGUAGUGAAUUUAGUUUCCUUUUUGAUAUUCAAAUUACACCAUUUUGUUUGUUGGUGAUCUGUAACAAGCUUCAGUGACAUCCUGGAAAUGCCUUUGUGGGAAGCAGAGACAUAUGAACAUGUUGACUUCACUAACAUUGACUGUCUUUACAUGCGCACGUAAGCUGAUGCUUUACCCAACUGUUGUCAGAAUAGUACUUAAUAAUUCCAGGUUAAUUUAGUUAAUGAUGCUAAACACAGAUAAUCCACUCAGGCUAUGUAUAAAUGACUUAUUGCUUUUGAUAAAAUGUAAGAUGGAGAAUUUUUGGGAUGUAAAGUUUUUUUAUAAUAAAUGUUUGUCACACA